CAAAGUUAUUGAAAUUGCACAGACAUUUAUUAGGAAUCCAGUUCAGUUUAAUAAGCUCGGUAUUAAUGGUAACUUUAUAUUUCAUAAGUUUUUGGGACAGUGCAGUGCAAUUUUGUGGUAAAAGUGUGUGUCAGCUAUUGAUAGGUAGUUCUCACAGAGAAGGAAGAGUUCUUUUAUUUUCCCUUUUUACUUUGUGGUAGUUUAAAGUUGUUACGGUUUUGGGACUAAUUUUUAAUACGGUAAUACGAAAAACUCUCACAGACCAAGGGGAUUUAGCAUUCGUAUUAUUGAGAGUUUGAUCCAUAACGAGGCAGAUUUUGAACUCUCACCGGUUCAAGAGCAGGUGGAACCAGGAUCAAGUGAAGCUUCAAGUCCAGUCCAGGGUUCGACCAGAAAAAACAAUGUGAAAAUAUACUUCAUAUUUUCCCUAUGCUUGAAAUAUUCCGAAAGACUGAUGCCGGAGAAUGCUGCUAUGGUGAGGUUGUCGGCACCAAUCAAGCACCACUGGUCCAGGGAGAACAAUUUGGAUGUCGAGCAACUGCUCGGGUCGGGCGAUUACAAAGAGAACCAUCGCAAAGCCAUGGUCGAGUGGAGUGAGCAGAUACGAGCCAAAGACUAUGGCUACUUCUGCAGGGCGGCCGUUCGUAUGAUCGAUGAUGCUCAUGAGAAGAAAAUUUGGAUUGUGAGCGAUACGAGGCGAAGAACAGAUUUAAAGUGGUUUCGAGAUAAUUAUGAUAAAAAUUCAAUCAAAACCAUUCGAAUCGUUUCUUCAGAUGAUGUACGUCAGAAAAGAGGAUGGACUUUUGUUGAUGGAGUUGACAAUGCGGAGACAGAGUGUGACCUGGAUUCAGUUGAGGAGUGGGACAUGAUCUUCACCAACAACAACAACGAACAAGAAUUUGAAGUGCAGAUGAGUUCACUGAUUGAAAUGUGCUCUUUAUGACGUGAACUUUAUGAGUUCACUGAUUGAAUCCAAAAUUCUGGUAGUUAUUUGUAUUCCUUCAUAGCUUAAAAAUGAUUUGGUAACGUGACGUGAACUAUCCAAAUGAUGACUUCACUAAUUUAGAAGACUUAUUUUGAAUACGUUCGAGGUAAAAGGCUUUCGGCCUGUCAUUUAUCAUGCUCAAUACAAAGCUAUUAUUGUGAGUGAUCAUGCAUCAAAAACUGACAAACCAAUUAUUUCACUGUCUCAGAUGAGUAGUGGUUUAAUAACAAAUAAUAUGGCAGACAAAAAGCGCCCAUUUUCAACUUCUAAAACCUCCAGUAGCAAGAAAGGAGAGGAUAUUCUUUAUUUUUUCAAUUAUUUUGAUGAUUUAUCUAUAGCUAACUCUUGAGAUGACAAGGAUAAGUUAUUGUAUCUCACUUUUUAUAUGAAGGGUAAGUUAGUCCUCUCUAUAAAUAGAAAUGAAAAUCUCAGUGCCCUUUUUUGAAUUAUUUUAUCACAACAUGUUUCAACAUUCAUGCCAUUUUCAAGUGAUAUGAAGUAAAUAGUAAGUAAUAAUAUGUAGUAGUUAGUAUGUAGUAAUAAUAGUAUAGUUUAUAGUGAUAGUAAGUAAUAAUACGUUUUUACUUCUCAUGAUGUGUAAGUUAUUUACUUCAUAUCACUUUAAAAUGGCAUGAAUAUUGAAACAUGUUGUGAUAAAAUAAUUCAAAAAAGGGUACUGAGAUUUUUAUUUAUAUUUAUAUUACAAGUAGCACUAAACAGAAAAGAGACAAUAAAAUAGUCCUCUCUAAUAUUUGUCAAUAAAACCAUACUGAUAGGGUCAAAUAACUUGGAUUGCACUAAUCACAGAGUUGGAGAAAUAUUACCCAUUAUCCCAUUCUGUUAGAUACGUAAUGGAAUGAGCUAAUUGCAAAAUGAAACCCUAUGAUACAUUUCGUUAGACUACAUGGCUCAGGAUCUGUUUUUGUGUUUGAAAUGUGAUCCGAAUUCCGAAUAUGUCGGAUAUUAGAAAAUGGUAUGUGUUAUGUUAGGCUUAUUGCCUCAUAUUUAAGACUGAUAUGAUUGCUAUCCAAUGCAUCGAUUGCCGAAUUGACUAGUAAUUUGAAAAGAUUCGAACGUUCUAAAUAAUAUAUGGUCGAAGGUAGGUUUGACGGUAAAUCAGGUCAGUAAUGUCACCGGUCAUCUUAUUAUGCAAAUCAAUUGGAACAUUGGUAAUUUGAUAAAUGGACAACAGAAAUUUCCAAAUGGGUACCAAUUAAGGAAUACGAAUAGUAAUAAUAAUGGUAAUCGGAGUGAUAUAAAUACCAUCGAGUGAUUAAACAACAAGCGAUUUGACAGGAAUUCUCGGUUCAACAAUACUAGAUUUGAAGUGGGGCAGAUGGAUAUGGGUUUCGUGAUAAAGGAAUUAAGGAGGAUAGGAGACAGAAGCCAGGGAGAAGAUAUUAUAGGCCUAUGUAUAUUUAUGUUAUACUUAUAUUUCAUAUAAAUCUCUGCAGAAACAGACUACUGUGGUAAUGAAAAUUUAAUUAUGUGAUGUGUUAUUUAUAGUAACCAUGGAUUGUCGGUUCAAUUUAAAAGCUCAAAAGAGAGGGGAAAGCUAUUGGCUAAUUUAUCAUUGUCAAAUAUGAUUGAUAUGAAAGUAAAUUUCGAAAUUUUUUGAGAAAUUACACUCUUUGGGCUGUUUGCAUAGUUUGAGUUGUCAUAAAUGACAUUGAUUCAUCUAAAUAUUAUUUUUGUGAGUUGGAAGUUGAAUCGUGAGAUCAAUUCAUUGUUGCAAGUAGUUG